ACGUGGGCUGAUUAUGCAGCCAGGCACGCCUGCCCCGCCCACAUUGGUGGAGAAUGCGGGCAACGCCCCUAGGGCGGGGCCUAGGCCGACUCACGAGCAACUUUUCGCUUGGUUUGCGGAACAACAGCAACUCCUUUUACAGCACGUGUCGACUCAGCAGUCUCGGAUGUUGGAGCAGGUCUGCGCUACGCAACAACAGGCCCAAAACCAACUGGUUGCACAAUUGGCCGAGUUAUGGAGGACGCCGCGUCAGCCAACAGGAGACUCGGGAGAUAGGGGGCUAACCUGGACUGUGGGGUUAAACCCCUUGAAGUUGAUGAAAAUGGGGCCCCAGGAUGACGUGGAGGCGUUCCUCAAUACUUUUGAGAGAGUGGCCGAGGCAGCUCAGUGGCCUCGAGAACAGUGGGCCCUCAUCUUAACUCCUUGCCUCACGGGCCCAGCGCAAGAGGCGGUGGAUACCCUGGCCGCAGAGGAUGCAAAGGAUUAUGGGAAGGUGAAGGCUACUAUCCUGCAGACACUGAAUAUUUCAGAGGAUACCUAUAGGCUGCGUUUGAGGGAGAUGAAGUGGCGGCCUGGCUUACAUCCUAGGACCCUGGGCCAGAAGAUUCGGGCUAGUGGGUUAAGAUGGCUCAAACCAGCGGAAAGAACCUCGUUGCAAGUGGCUGAGCUUAUCAUGGUGGAACAGUUUGUGGGAACAUUACCUUCUCAGGCUCGUAACUGGGUAAGGUGUCAUAAACCCCAGGACCUUGAGGCAGCGGUGACCUUAAUGGAAGCCUAUUCGGCGGCGGAAGAAUGCGAAGGUGGGCGACCCCGGAGAAGCAUAGACGGCAUCUCUGUGCGCGGAGGAAAAGGGCCUCCGGGACUGGGGAGAGGCUUGGGAAGAGGAGAAGCCACCCUGGGACCAACCCGCUCGGAGGUAGCACCUAGCAAGCCAGAAGGCAACGCGGGGAGGAGCGGGAAAGAACCAAGUAUGGGAGAAGCAGCCCGAAAACCAGUGGUGUGCUACACUUGUGGCGUGGAGGGGCACAUCAGGAAGGAUUGUCCCGUGAUGGAAUGUUCCUGGGCCGAUUCCUGGGAGGCUGCUCAGGUAAGGAAGGAUCCCUCGGAUGCUAGGGUGGUGAAUAUGAGGGUAAAUGGGAAGGAAGUAAGGGCAUUGGUAGAUUCGGGGUGUAAUCAAACGCUAGUCAGAGAGGCCCCAGGGAUAGGUCCAACCCAAUUGGUUAAUGUAAGGUGCAUCCACGGGGAUUUAAAACCCUAUAAGGCCAUAUGGGUAAACGUGGAGGUGGCCGGGAUAGCUCGUAGGUUAAGGGUGGGGGUGGUCCCUACUCUUAGGAGGGAGGCUUUGCUGGGUAGGGACUGGCUGGAGUGGCGGCAACUGUUGCAAGAGCGGGAAGCUUUAGAAGGGGAAGCCCUCAGAGAUGCUCUCGGGGUAGAACUGGUAGGAGUAAAGAGAGCGCAGGUAGUAGCCUGGCAGCAGGAUGACCCCGUGUUAAGGGAGGCCUGGAGGCAGGCUCAAGAUGGGACGGGAGAGGGCCGGCCCCGCUUUGAGUUGAGAGGGGACUUGUUGUAUAGGGUUCCUCCCUUAACAGAUCAAGGGGACGGGGAUGCCCAAUUGGUAGUGCCGAAAGCCCUAAGGAAUGAGGUUAUGAGGCUGGCUCAUGAUGUGCCUAUGGCGGGGCACUUAGGGGUCGAGAAAACAACUCAAAGGGUUUUACAAAGGUUCUUUUGGCCGGGAGUGUACGCGGAGGUUAAAGCUUUCUGUAAGUCUUGUCCCCAGUGCCAACUAUUCCAGGAGAAGGGGCCUCCAGGGGGAAAGUUGAUUCCCAUGCCUAUUGUGGAAGAACCUUUCUCACGGAUUUCGAUGGACAUUGUAGGACCUUUGGAACAAGCAGCAGGGGGAUUCCGUUACAUAUUGGUAGUAGUAGACUGCGCCACAAGAUAUCCGGAAGCGGUGCCUUUAAGGUCGAUACAGGCCACUAGGAUUGCGCAGGAACUGGUAAAGAUAUUUUCUCGGGUGGGUUUCCCCAAGGAAAUUUUAACGGAUCAGGGCUCUAACUUUAUGAGCCAAACCCUACAGAAAAUGUGGGAAUUAUUAAGGGUUAAGCCCCUAAGGACCUCUAUUUACCACCCUCAGGCCAAUGGGAUGGUCGAACGCUUUAAUCGUACGCUGAAGGGGAUGUUAAGGAAGUUUGUAGAGAGUCAUCCGAAGUCAUGGCCUCAGUUGGUGGAGCCUUUAUUGUUUGCUUUCAGAGAGGUCCCUCAGUCAUCUUUAGGCUUUUCACCCUUUGAGUUGGUAUAUGGCCGUAGACCGCGGGGCAUAUUGGACAUUGUUAAAGAAGGCUGGGAGGAGGAAGCUCCUAAUUCCCAAACGGAGUUACAGUUUGUUUUAAGGAUGAGACAACAUUUGAAAGAGAUAGGCCAGAUGGCCAGAGAAAACUUACAAAAAGCCCAGGAGGAGCAGAAAAGGUAUUUUGACAGCAAAGUAAAGGAAAGAAGCCUACAGGUGGGGCAGCAGGUGCUAGUCCUGUUGCCGGCUCAAAAAGCUAAGCUCUUUGCUAAGUGGCAAGGCCCUUUUGAGGUGGUGAGGAGGGUAGGUCCUGUGGAUUAUGAGGUAAAGAUGGGACAAGACCCCCCUAAAACUAGAGUUUUCCACAUUAAUCUUCUGAAGGCUUGGAGAGUACGGGAAGCAUUGUUUGGGGAAGUGGACCCAGAUUUGGAGGAAGAGGAAGAGUGGUUGAUAGGACCCCAAGCAGAGGACUUUGUAGGCACUGGCGACAUCCCUAUCCUAUCACCCUUAUCUGAUACCCAACGACAACAGGCCACCUGGACCACUUCUGGCUCACCGUCUCUCUUAGAGGGGGGGUCGUGUAGUAAGGUGGACCCAGGUGUAGAGAGGACGGGGAGGACAGAAGUGGAGCAGGUGGAAGAGAAAGAGGAAAGGGACUUGGAGGAGGAGGGGCGAGAAGAGCAAGGGGGCAGUCUAGGGGCGGAGAGAAGAAAAGAGAGGUGGAGCGAGAGAAGGUUAAAAGGAGAGGGAGAGUGGUGCGCGGGAGGCAGAGGACGUCGCGGAAGAGGAGGACGGGGAGCUGCGGUCGAGGCAGGGAUAGGCCAGGUAAAAAGGAGCCCUGGUAGAGAAGGCUGUCCAGUAACCCUGCAGGCUCGCCCUGCCUUCCGGAAGCGAGGCCCACACCAAGGGAUAGAACUCAGAGACCCCCGGACGGAAGGGGAGUUUAACUACUCGGACGAGGAGUUAUGGGGAAAGCCAGCGACUAGAGGGCUGGAGGACAAGUGGUGGGACGAGAAGGGAGAAAAGUGGGAGUCGGGACCCAUCCCGUCUGAUAAGGACAAG